CCUCCCGUUCUCGACCAAAUCUCAACAUGUUUUCCCCCCUCUCCCUUUCCCGUUCGCUUGCCGACCAAACGGCCUCUGUUCUCGGACAGCCUUACAUCAGACAAAGCGCAGCCCUCCCUGCCCUUUGCCUUACCUGAAGAGAGAGCAGUGCUUGUUGGCAGAGGAAUGGGUCAACUUUGUUCCGUCCGAUCA